GAUAAAUACGGUUUUGCCAGACUUUUGGGCCAAUCGCAGGCGUGACACAUGCACAUUGCUGCAGAGGCAUGAAGUUUUUAGACGUUGGCUUUUCAAGAUCAGGCCGCGUGGUAGUUUUGGUUUGGAUCCUGAUUUUGAAACAUACAUGAUGGAUGCGAAGAAGCUUUAAAGUCCUUUAAAUGUAAACAUCAUGUGAUUUUGCAGGAACCAUUUUUUGGUCUCCACCGGCUUUCCUUUUUGGGCACUUGACCAAAACCGGUUGCUCAGGCUUUUUUGAUGCUUUUUGUGACACAUUGCUAGAUAUUGAUUGGCUCGAACAAUGACCCUAUCAACUGGUCAAUCAGGCCGCUGUGCGCCUGCGCGACUAAGGGUUUUGUUUAGCCAUGUUUGUCCUGGAAGCGGCCCUGCGCAACCUGCAAGCGGAGCCUUAAAACUCGCGAGUGCAAAUGGCCCAGCGGACAAAGUUGCAGCAGAUGUCGAAGCUGUCAAACGCGCUGUGGAGCAUUGCAAUGCCGACCACGCGGAUGCAGUAUUGGAUAUGUCGAAAGCUUUCACUGGCUUGACUGAUAUUGAAGCUGCUACGAUGCUGUCAAUUGACCGUUUGGGCUUUGACGUGGUGUGCCAAACCCGUGCAGGCUCCAGGCGCGGCCGGGUGAAGUUUGAGACGCCCCUUGAGAGCCCUACACUCUUACGGGAGGCGAUGAUGACGACCACUCAACUUGCUCGGGACAAGUUGACGGGCCAAAAACCGCGCAGUCCCUGAGUAGAAACUGCAAUAGAAGACCUGAAUUUGCUGACGUUUUGAUCAGCGAUUUUUCUGCGCUGGCAAGUUGAUCCCUUUUCGGCACGGGUAGGAAGGUUCUGUCAAGCCUACGCAAGUAGACUCCUUGUUUUCAAGUU